UUAUUUUCUCAAAAAAGUCAGGGUGCUGAGAAACUUUCCCGCACAAGCAUCAUUCCUAUACACCCACAUCCAGAUCCAAAAAAAAUUGGGGAAAGUUGCACAGAACUGGAAAGAUGUUGUGGAUUCUUUUAUUCAGUGUUUUCUUGGGGUUGAGCUGUGGACAGCAGAAAGUUUUUGAGCUAGCAGGAGACAAUCCUGAAAGUGAAGAUGGAGUCCUUUUGAAGAUGGAGGGACAAAAACCUUCUCAUCAUCAUCCCAAAGCUAGAGGAGUAGUUCUCCAGGCAAAGUUUUCUGCACAAACACCUUUGAUCAUAGCUCCAUAUCCAUUACAUGACAAUCCUCAUUACUUGUCCUUGGAUGCAAGCUUUUCCAACAAGGCCCCCAGCAUGCGACAAGACUUGUCAGCCAUUGGAAUUGAGCCAGCACUUGCUCAGGCUGAACUAGAAGCAGCUCAAUUCCCUGACCCCUUUGCAAAUGCUCUUCAAACUCCACCCCCUCCAGGAUCUGUUGCUUUGGAUCCUCAAAAGGGCUUUAGGUUGACAGGAACUGAUGAUUUUACAAGGAUGAAACCUUUACAACUUCCUGGACAGAGUCCUGGGGAUCCCUCAAUCUUUGUCCCAGAGUCUGAGCAGCAAAUGAUGGUACCUCCACCACCAGAACCAGUGAUGGACUCUCCAGCACCUGCCCCAAGGGAGUACCUUGGGGGAUAUGAGAUCCCAAUGGAUCAACAUGGAAUGCCAGUUCUGAAUCUUCCUUGUGACCAAUACCUCAUGGCAUUAACACGUGUAACUGUCGUGCAGCUGACGCUUCGAGAGCCUUAUCGAUUCGCACUUAUGACGCAAGAGGUGUUGGCACUGCUUAUAAAGAUUUCGUACGUUAUCGGCUGCUGGAAAGUGCUCAUUCGCAAGUUGACCUGUGUUCGGGAAGAGUUCAUCUGUGAUUAA